AAAAAUAUAAACAAGUUGGCGGUAAAGAUGGAGGCCGUAGAGAGUGAAAUCUUACCAAGUGAGGAAACAAAUCCAGAGUACAGGGUCCAGGUAACCUCGAAGAAAGUAGUAAGUGAGCAGGUGAACAAAUACAAAGAACUUUUAAAGACGGCUCUGGACGGGCAGCCGGAGGACUUUCCGGAGGAGACGAAGCGAGUUUUACUGCAGGAGCUGCUGGCAAAUUUUGAGGCUGCUGUUCAGGCUAACGUGUUGGUGAAUGGACGGCCUUGGGAGGAGGCGCCCGAUGAUGAAGCAGAGGAUGAAGCUGUAGAUCUGGAAAGCCUCCUGGACGAUACUAUUGUUGAGACCACAAGAAGGCGCCGUACAUUCCCCAAAAAGAUCCUUCCUCAUGUGGUGCAUGCCCUCAAGGCUGAACGGAAAAUCAUGGGGCUGUAUGAGCAGGCCAUCAAACCUCAAGAGGUGGUCAAAGAUCCUGAUCAAGAGAACAUCAUGAAUGAUUUGACAGCAGCCGCUCCUGGUGUGGUAAAGCAGGCCAUCCAGGUCAUAAAGUCAAUCAACACUCUGCAAACACAAGUUGAAGGCCUAUGCGAAAUCCUCAAAAUGAAACCCAGCCAAGCCUCUCUGGAGAUACACAGAGAAGUGUUUGGUUUUAAUGACCAAUCAGAGGCUCCCUUUCCUCCUGCGAAAACAGCCAUGGGAAACAAGCAACCAAUAAAGAGAGCUGUAGAGGAAGCAGCAGCCGCAGAGGGCUAUGUGCCCCAAGCCAAGAAACCAGAGUGCUGCGUGGGAGAGGACAAGCUUGAGUGACACUUCAAGAAACAUUAAACCAGUGUGAAAUUCCCAAACACUGCAGUUCCUCUAAUGGCCACUUGGCUGAUC